GCAGUCCGUAGCACCCAUGGCCUGGAGGUUCCUCUGAGCCAUGAUGGAACGCUCCUACUUCCACAGGAAUACAUCACCUAUCUAACACAGGUAGCCAAUCAGAAGAUGGAGGAGAACCAUAGAAGGAUAUCCAGGUUCUACCAGAACCUCCACUCAGCCCUGCUAACAGAGAAACUCCAAAGAGUCCAGAUCCAAGAUCCUCAUGAUGCUCUGGAGACAGAAAAGGGGACAGACGAAGAGGAGGAAAAGGAGGAGAGGAAAAAAACUAGUGUAUAUAAACGGAGGCGAAAGAGGGAGCAGCAUGAGACAGAUGGUUGCCAUGGUGAUGGUGACUGUAGUGUGCCAGGGCUAGAAGACUGUCUGGAUCUGUUCACGUGAACUAAUGGCUCAGUUUCACAGACUGGUUUCACUGGAUUCUAGAGUUUCCAGUUUUCAGUUUUAGAGAUUGCUAGUGUUGCAGUGAUGAUGGGCUUUCAUCACUGUGAUCACCAUGGUAACAACGACAUUAAAGCAAAUACCAAAACAGAAA